AUGUUGAAUCUGAUAUCUUGGAUAUAUAUUUUCUAUUUAUUCAUAACAUCGAUUCUAGCAUUUGAUUUUGGAUUAGGACCUACUUAUUAUAAACAUGGAGAUAAAGUUGAUUUAUUAGUCAAUAAAAUAGAAUCAGAUACUACACAAUUACCAUUUGCUUAUCAUAGUUUACCAUUUGUUUGUCGUCCCAUUAAUGGUGCUAAACCAGUUCAUUUAUCAUUAGGUGAAUUACUUAAAGGUGAUAGAAUUUGGCAAAGUGGAUAUCAAUUAGAAUUUGGGGUUGAUGUUCCUUGUAAUCGAUUAUGUGAUAUGGUACUUUCUACUCAUGCAAUUAAACGAGCUUCUGAUCUUAUAAAAGAUGGUUAUGUUGUUCAUUGGACCGUUGAUGGAUUACCUGGAGCCACAACUUUUGAAUCAACUAACCACCGAAAUAAAUAUUAUGCCGCGGGAUUCCCCUUGGGAUUUGUUAGCCCUAGUGAUGAUGAGCAAUUGAGUUAUAUAUAUAAUCAUGUUAUGUUAGUGAUUAGAUAUCAUCGAGAAAAAGAAACCGCAUCCAAAAAUGGUGGGGAUCCUAAAUAUACUAUUGUUGGGUUUGAAGUUUAUCCGAAAAGUGUUAAUGAUGAACAUUGUCCUGGAUCUCUGAAAAAUUAUCAAAAUUUACCAUUAUUUUAUUCUGUUGAUGAUAAAAAUCAAUUGAUUGAAAGUAAAACAACAAUUGCUUAUACUUAUUCAGUUUAUUGGCGGGAAGACAAUUCUAUUGAUUAUGAUUCUCGAUGGGAAUUAUAUUAUGAAAAUGAAACUAAUGGUGCUCAUGUUCAUAUUCAUUGGAUAUCAUUUAUAAAUUCCAUUAUUCUUAUAUUUUUAGCAUCAUUGAUAGUUAUGAUUGUUUUAAUUAAAGUUUUGAAAAAAGAUAUUGCCAAUAAUGGGAAUAAUGAUAACAUUAGUGGUAAUACUGUAUUACCUUUGAUCAAAAAUGAUAUUUCUAUAGAUAUAGAUGGUGACAGUUCCUCAUCUUCUGUUACUAAUAAUAUUGGAUCGGGUUGGAAAAAUUUAAUUAAUCAAGUCAAUCAAAUACCUCAAUAUCCAAUAUUUUUAAUCACUUUAGUAUCAGCCGGUAUUCAAAUAGUAAUUGCCAUUAUGGGAGUAAUCAGUAUAUUGAUGAUAAAUUCAAUUGGAACAAAAAAUAAUUUUUUUAAUAGUCAUCAAGGAGCAUUUUUCAGUAUUUCAAUAUUUUGUAUUAGUAUUCUGGGUUCAAUAUCUUCAUAUUUUGGUAUAUUAUUACAUAAAUAUUUCUACCACCCUCACCCCCACCUUCAUCAAACUUCUGGCAACAACAACAAUCACAAUAACAACAACAACAACUUAGGUAAAACUUAUGAUCAAUUGACAAUAAUUAAAUUAUCACUUUUAUUUAGUGCUGCAUUACCAGCAUUUUUAUUUUUAAUUAUAUUUAUCCUAAAUUUUUUUGUAUGGGCUAAAGAAUCAUCAGCAGCAUUACCAUUUGGUACCAUUGUGGUAUUUUUAUUAAUUUUUAUAUUAAUUCAAUGUCCUUUAGGUAUAAUUGGUGGAAAUUAUGCAAAUUAUGCAAAUUAUGCAAAUUAUGCAAAUUAUCAAAAAUCAUUAUCAAUGCCUCAAAAACUUUUUUUUGCAUCAAUGAAAACUCCUCCAUCUAGUCCAUUAUAUGAAAAACAAUUCCAAUUCCAUAGCAAAAAUAAACCUUCUAAUGAUUCAUUAUUAACAAAAUUUAUAAGUUAUGGAAAAACCAUAUUAAUUUAUGGAUUAAUUCCAUUUGGUAUAGUUUACGUUGAAUUAUUAUUCAUAUUCAAUUCUAUUUGGUUAGAAAAAACAACUUUUUAUUAUAUGUAUGGAUUUUUAUUCAUCACCACCCUAAUGUUAUUUAUUAUAAUUAUUGAAUCAGCCAUAGUGGCAAUUUAUAUAUCUUUAGUGGUUUAUAAUAAAUCCAAUUGGAUUUGGUUAUCAUUUCAAGUAGGAUCAAGUAUUGGUUGGUAUAUUUAUGGUUAUUCAAUUUAUUAUUUUUUAAGAAUUUUAAAUGUUGAUGAUUUUGUUAGUGGAUUAUUAUAUUUUGUUUAUAUGGCUUUAGCUUCUUUAAUGAUUGGGAUUGCUUCGGGUUCUAUUGGUGUUUUAACGGGAUUGAUUUUUAUUAGAAAAAUUUAUGGUGCCAUAAAAGUUGAUUAA